UACUACAUUUGAAAAGUAGACGGCACUUACUGUGUCGCGACUCUUGUCUGAAGGUCAAUGUGGCUGAAACUUCUGCUGUAGCAAAAGGAUUCCAGAAACAGAGUAAACAAUCUGAAGAAAGAGAAGCACAUGAACUUGCAGUGAAGAUCAAUAUCGCAUAUUUUAUAGUGAAAGAAGAGCUCAGUUUUACCAAGAUGAAACCUUCGAUGCGUCUGCAAAAAAAGAAUGGCCUAGACGUGACCCCCACAUAUGCAUAACAAUGAUACUAGAUGUGCUGAGCUCAUUUCAGUAAUAGCUGCAUAUCUACAGCAUUUGGCUCUGAUUGACAUGCAAAGAUGCCGGUAUUUGUCAUUGAUGAUUGAUGGUGCAACUGACCAAUCUGUCGCUGAGAAGGAGACCAUCUAUAUUAGACUACUUAAUCAGGGCAAGCCUAAGAACCACAUGAUGUCAAUUGCUGCAGUUAACCAUGGCCAUUCUGAUGGUUUGUUAGUGUGCCUUGAGACCUUAUUCAAGGAUUUUGGGUUACCUGAUUGGAAGCAGAAGGUAGUUGGAUUCUGUGCGGAUGGUGCUUCAGUCAAUCUAGGCCAACGAAAUGGUGUAGCGGCAAAGCUCAGAAAUGAUAUUGCACAGUUGAUUGAUGUGCAUUGCAUGGCACACAGGCUUGAACUGUUGGUCUUUCAAGUCCAAAAGAAAGUCGUUAUGGUUGACAGAGUUAGUGACAUACUUCAUCAAACAUGGAAGACGUAUCAUUUCAGUUCGAAGAGUAAGCGGGAGCUCAAAGCGAUUUGUGAGAAGUUGGAAACAAGGCUUGAGAAUCCAGCACCUGUCAAGGGAUUCAGAUGGAUUUCACAUCUUUGUCAAGCCCUAGGCCCCUUUAAUUGAAGCAGCUGCUCUGACCUUGUGCGUGGCUUUGAACAAUACUGUACUCAGCAGUUGCUAUGCUUAUGUAAAGCUUGGCUGAGAGCAGCAGGAACAUUGACGUGGCAGCUAGAGGUCAAGAAGUAGCAAGAAUGAUGAAGAACAUUGAUUUUGCUGUGUUUUCUUAUUUCUUAGCAAAUUUAUUAAAGUAGUGGAAAACUUAAGCCUCAAGCUUCAGAAGGAUGACCUCAUUUUACCCAUCGCUAUAAAUGCCAUUGAAGAAUGUUGUAUAGCAUAGAGGUCAUAAAAUCAGAGCCACUGCUCGAUGCUAGAGAAAAUGAUCAACGAAUGCUUGCUAAAGCAAGGAGCUGCUUACACUCUGAAAUUCCAAGGUCUAGACAUGAUUGGAGACGCAAAUACUGUUCUGAAACGACUAGACAAUGUCAUCAAUGAUGUCUUGGUCAUAGCUGAGGCAGAAAUACACAAGCGCUUUGACAACCUUCUCGGCGCAAACAAAAUGGACGACGCCCAGGCAGCAGUAAAUGCAUUUUCCAUACUCCAUCACGACCAGUAGCCACACAAUGGCAAGUCCGCGCCACGCUUCUGUUGCAUGGAAAUUCU